UCUCUGUCCUUGUCAACCCAUAUUAUUCAAUCAUCAUUAUUUUUUAUACAUUUUCUCUUUUUUGUAAUGCAAAAAGUGCUGGAUGGGUUCAUCUAUUUAUAAUGCCCUGCGAAUCAUCAUUUCAAAUCAUUCAGUUCACAAAACCCAAAAAGAAGUUCUUUCUUUUUUUCUCUUCAAUAAAUUGUGAAAGCAACCUUUAACUUUGCCCGUCAUUUCUCUUGUAAACAAACCUAUGGCUUCCUUUGAAUUUGAUAACGUCAAGGCCGAGAAAGAAGAUGCUUUAUGGAGGUACAACAUGGAGAAGAAGUUGAAGAUUGAACUUCGUUUAAUCGGAUUUUUGUUGGCUUUGUUUUUGUUUUCAUGGUCUUGGUUCCCUACUUUCAUCCCUGGAACCCUCGAGGUUGCCGGAGAUUUUCGCCGCCGUUUGGUUUCUGCUUUUAAUGAACCUCUUUUCACCUUUGUCCUUGUAAACUUCAUCAUCGUUGUUGUUUAUAUAUUGUCUGGCGGAAAACACACCCAGAAACAAACCACAAGCGCUGACAUCUACGACGAAUACGUCGGCAGUUAUCGCCGAAGUAUACUCAGAUCCACCGUCGCCACUGCCGUUCCUGCCGCGGAAGAGAGCAUGGUGGACAAACAAAUUGUUCAUGUAGAAAAUGCGGUUCCUCCGGUUUCUCUUGUAAAGCAGCUAGAAGCGACAGUUGAAACGGUUAGAGAGACAAAGACUUCCCUUUCACCAGUUGAACAACCUACAACGACGAAGACGACUACUGAGAACCGUACAGUACCGACAAAGACAAAGCCUGCCGUUUCAUCAACUGAAGUCAGGGAAAAGGAGUAUCGAAGAAGUCAACCAACGGUUUCGGAAUCUGUAAACCAAAGAGCGCCCAUCGAGUUUCGGAGAUCCGAGACAUCAAUCUGCGAAGGCGGCGGCGGAGAGAUGGUGGUUUCAAGUAUAGAGCCGCGGAGGAAAUCAAUGGAGGAAAUGAGUGACGAAGAGUUUCAGCGGAUCAUAGAUAGUUUCAUUGCUGAAAGAAGGAAAACUCUAUCGCAAGAAAACACUAGGACAAAAGAAAAGUGCAUGCCUAUACUAGUGAAGCAUGAGAUUAAUUACAACAUUAUUAGGUUUUAGGAUCAUAUAGUAUUAAUAACUGUUAGGGAUGUACAGUGAUAAUAUUUCCCGGCUUAAAUUUAAUAAGAUAAUUUAUUUAAGUUCCAUGAGAAAUAAUAUAUAUAUAUAUAUAUAUUGGUGUAUUAUAAGUAGAGUCUAAA